UCUUCAAGGAUGUAAAAUGAUCGCGUUUAACAAUUAUUAUAAUGUAUCGGAAAACAAAAUACACUGUGUAAUAAGUAUUGUCAUAUGAAAAUAAAAAUAUCAUGUGAUUUGCCGCUUCAUUAAAAUGCAUUUAUGUGUACAUGAAACAAAAUAUGUCUGAUGUAGAAAGAAGAAAACACAAAAGCCGUUCUAGAAACACAGACACUAGACGAGCCGGAAUAUAUGUUGAUUAUCAAGAAGAUACCAGUAAACGAUCAGUCAUUUUGUAUAAUUCUAGGAGUUUACGUUGACACAAUACACGAGAAAAACGUUCCAAAAAUGGAUGACACUGAAGAUGAGCGCGCGCCAUUGUUGCGCAAACAAGAACGGCUAGAGCGUCAAAUAAUAUCCGAGAUAAAUCGAGUUGAUGCCAGGGUGGAUGAACUUCUGCCACACGCUGACAGCCUUUCUGAAACCACCAAUCGUUAUUUUGGCGAAGACGGUAAAGUGUUACGUAAGAAACGACCUUUUUGGAAACGAUUUUGUUGUUGCUGCUGUGGGUAACAAUACGUGACAUAUGCUUUAUUCACACAGAAAUGUUAGGAUGCAGACAUAUACUGGCACCAAAUUAAUGAAGCCUCUGAACAAAGAUAAGCAAGUGCAAUGCCAAAAGCAUGGUUUAACUAAAUGUCUCGUGUUAGAAAGUGACCUAGUGGGAUUUCGGUAUGUGUAAGGGCUAAAGCUAAAUGACUUUGUAAAAACAACAUUGUUGCACGAAAGCAUACAUCAUACAGUCUUGUUCAUCUUGGCUUGCAGAUAACAAAUUGUCACUUCAUCUAGGAAAGACUGUAUGCCUUAUUUUUGGUUUCAAGCGUAAACUGUAAAAAGUUAAAGAGCUUAAAAUUGUUUGUAAUGAACAUAUUAUUGACACCACAAAAUCUGUAAAAUAUCUAGGUUUGAAUUUUGAUGAUUCUUUGUCAGGUGAAUCUAUUGUUAACAGUAUUCUUACAAAGGUAAAUUCACGUAUAAAAUUUUUGUAUAGGCUAGCAAAAUUGUUUAGAUUUUAGGACUAGAAAAUAUUUAUGUCCAUCACUAAUACAGUGUCACCUCGAUUAUGCAUGUUCUUCUUGGUACCCGAGUCUGAACAAGCGUUUAAAAAGUAAGCUUCAAAUUUGUCAAAAUAAAAUUGUUAGAUUUAUACACGGUAUGGGACCUAGAGAUAGUGUCAAUAAUGUUAUUCUUGCGAAUAUGUCUUUAUUAAAUGUAGAAAACAGAAAUAAGCAAUUACGCCUUAAUCAUGUUUUUAAAAUUGUUAAUAACCAGUGCCCUUCAUAUAUGAAAAAAUGUACCUGUUACUGACAUUCAUUCUUAUUCAACUCGGGCGAAUCAGUUCAAUUUUAGGGUCCCAAGAUGUUAUGGGAAAGAUAAUGUAACUUUUUUUUCAAAAAGCAAUUAAUGAUUGGAAAUCCUUGCCAACAGACAUUAAAAAUUAAUAAUAUAGGAGAUUACAAAAGCUCAGUAAAGGUCCAUUUACUAAAACAGUUAGGAAAUCAUAGUUAACUUCACUAGUAUGAUUAGAUAUUGAUCUCCAUUUUUUAUUGUUUUCCUGUUUUCCUGUUUUGUUUUGCUUUUUUAUAUUGUAUAUUCUACUAAGUAUUUAUCCAAGGACCCCAUUGGAAAUAGGCCUUCGGGCUUUCAUGGGCAAUCCGAGGUUAUUGCACACUACUUUAUAUAUGCUUUCAUGCACUUACAUAGUCACCUUAUCAUUGAUAAAUAUCUAGUCAAAUGAAGAGAGAUAAAUUUGGUCUUUUCUUAAAUGUAAUUUUUUAGUUUUUGUUUUUUGUUUAUUAUUGUUAUUAUUUAUUAUUUAAUGAGCCUCCUGUGAUACUAAUGUUUGACAAACUUCCGAAAGUUUUUAUUACAAGUUUGUUUCAAUAACUUUCAUAUAAGAAUGCAUAAGUGUUUGUGUCGUGUAUAUGUGUAUUUCAACCUAAAUAAAUUUAUCUAUUUUUC